AUGAAUCACAGCAGCAUGACACCGGCGACGAAGCUCCUGGACGAGUUGUGCCUGUUGACGUCGCAGUCUCUGAUCUCCAUGGAAACAGCAGAACACUUCCAGGUCCUGAAGCUGCUGGGAGAAGGCUCCUACGGGAGAGUGAUGCUGGCCGUGCACAAGCAGAGAGGAACCCCGAUGGCUCUGAAGUUCUUCCCUCGUGAGUCGACCUCGAUGCUGACGUUCUUGCGGGAGUACAACCUCUCCCUCUCUUUCUGCUCUCACCCGUCCCUCACCCGCGCCCUGGGCAUCGCCUACUCCACCCCCUCACACUACGUCUUUGCUCAACAGGCCAGUCUGUGCGGAGACCUGUAUGACGUCAUCGUGCCAGAGGUGGGGAUGGAGGAGGACAGCUGUCAGAGGGUGGUAUCACAGUUGUGUGGAGCCCUGUCCCACUUGCACUCGCUGGGGUUCGUUCACAGAGACCUGAAACCGGAGAACGUCUUCCUAUGUGACACGGCAUGUCGCUGGGUCAAACUGGGAGACUUCGGCAUGGUCAAACCCAGUGGCACUCGGGUCCCAGAGGUGUGGUACAGCUCUCCAUACUGCCCCCCAGAGGCAGAGGUGGCACGGGGAAAUGUUGACAGUUGGACGUCUGGGGGCAAAGCCAAGGAGCGUCCUGAACGGGUGUGGGUCCCAGUGGAGCCCUGCACCGACAGCUGGGCCCUGGGCAUCCUCACCUACGCCAUGCUCACGGGCAGCCACCCCUGGUCCGAGACAUCCAGCGACUGCCGGUCCUACCUCAAGUACAAGGAGUGGAUUGAGUCGGUGAGAAGACCUGAGGCAGCUCCAGUGGCCCCUCAGUUCAGCGGCUUCACGGCUCUGGCCUGUACCUACUUCCAGAACCUGCUGGACCCCAGGCCUGAGCGCCGCGGGAAGCCUCAGGACAUGCUGGCUUUUCUGGGAGCGGAGUGGGUGAGGGAGGCGGAGAGGGAGAGGUUGGACCAGGAAAGGAGGAAGAGCAGUGUAAAUAUCAGGAGCAAGGAUUUACAAGAGACGAGAGAACACUGA